CCCGUCUCUCCCCUCCCCCGGCAGCCAUUUCCCGCUCUGCUCGUGCGGUGUGCUCUGCUGAACGUCCCGGGGACGAAUUUUUGUCAUUUAGUCUGAUCUCGUUUCGGGAUCAGCGCUGACUGUAUCGCUCAUCAUGAGUUUACCAUUAAACCCAAAACCAUUUCUUAAUGGCCUCACCGGCAAACCAGUCAUGGUCAAGCUAAAGUGGGGCAUGGAGUACAAGGGAUACUUGGUUUCUGUGGAUGGGUAUAUGAACAUGCAGCUUGCUAACACAGAAGAAUACAUAGAUGGUGCAUUGUCUGGACAUCUUGGGGAAGUAUUAAUACGGUGUAACAAUGUACUAUAUAUACGUGGUGUCGAAGAGGAGGAAGAAGAUGGCGAGAUGCGAGAAUAAAUUGUCAUAAUUUUGUUUUGUACAUUUUGAGC